AGAGAGAGAGAGGGGGAUGCGUACUGGGGUGAGAGAAAGAAGCGGUAAUAACGUUCGGGCGAACCUCGAGGUGGAAGAGAACCCCGCAGGCGGGCGGAGCUGGGUGCUGAUCCCGGAGGCGGAGCGUUGUUGUCGAGGUACAACCCACCGGCAUCCGACCGGGUAUCCUCUCCUCUCGCUCCCGCCCGUGUUUACCGUCCCUUCGGCUCGUCGUGACCGACGGGGGUGGGGACCGAAACGAAGAGGCGACCGGUGGAGGCGCGGGUCAGUCUCUCGGGCAACCGGUCGGUCUGUCGUUCCUUUGCUCUGUCCGCGCCACGUUUCGCUCCCGCGCGACCCAAACGAUACAUCAAGUAGCUCCGCUUUUCACGCGCGCGCGCGCGCGACAAAAGAGCGACUGUGUGCCCGCGACGACGUAACUUUCCCUCGGCUAACUCGCGCCGUCGAUGGAGUGCCACUCCGGCGUGCCGUUCGUCGACGUCAAUUGCUGCGGAUCACACGCCGACCAGCACGCCGAUCGCUGAAUGUCUCACGGCUAGAUAUUUAGCAUCAUUUUAGUGUUGUGCUCCGGAUCUGUUGUCAGCACGCUCCGAUAGGAACCCUGUCUGUCCGCUCGAAUUCACUCGCGUCGCGCGUGAUCUUUGCUCUUUCACGCGUACGCGCGCGCAUGUCGACGACCGGGAGUCGGUGUUGACUCUUGCGAUCGCGUGGAGAGGAUGCUGAUGCCGCUUCACCGGCGCUCGCGUCUAGAGAACAGAAACCGGCAUCAUCUCGCGGAUAGCAAUCAUCGGCAUCGCGAUCAUCGGCAACGUCGCGGCGCACGACGCCCGUAGCGACGUCGCGACGUCAAGCGGAUCGGCCUCGAGACGCGCUUUGAUUAGAUCGUCGGUAGACCCCACGUGGCUCAAGAAGCAGCGCGCGAGGUGAUGUUGCUGGAGUCGCGAGGCCUCGCCGGUAGGAAGAGAAACGGACUGACACUGACCUCGUUCGGCGGCGGUGGCGGCGGCGGUGGCGGAGGCGGCGGCGGUGGCGGUGGCGGAGCCGGCAGCGAGGAGGACGACGAGGAAUCCCGACAUCACCUCUACCUGGGCAGGAAGAUGCAGGGCGAAGGCACCGCCGCCCCCGCGGUUUCCACCGGUCUGUCUGGAUGCGCCGGCGACGACGGCGACGAGAGCUCGAGCCCGUCGCCAAACAGCAGUCUCUUGAACAACCUAAACAACAAUUGCAAUUCGAAUCGACAAUGCGCGACCGACUUCAGCAUCGCCGCGAUCAUGGCGCGGGAUUCACGCCAGCAGCAGAUGCAACAGCAACAGCAGCAGCAGCAGCAGCAACAGCAGACGCAUCAUCACAGACAUUCGCAGCAGCAGGCCGUCGGCGGCGGCAAACUGCAUCAACACGAAAGGGAAGCCAGCGGUUCCGGGGUCGUUCGCAGUGCUCCGCCGAUUGCGGAGACGAUCAAUGCGGAGGACGAACCGGAAACGGACGACACCGGCAGCACGAGCGGAAAGGGCGUCUCGCCGGUGGUGAAUCCUCUGCUUCAGGAGCGCUCGAACUGCGAGGAGUUGAGGCACGUUGUUUGCCACUUGGAGACCAAAGAUCUCUGGGAUAAAUUCAACGAGCUCGGCACGGAGAUGAUCAUCACAAAGACCGGCAGGCGGAUGUUCCCGACGUGCCGCGUCUCAUUCAACGGGCUGAAGGCGGACAGCCGAUACGCCGUCCUGAUGGACAUUGUGCCGGUCGACAAUAAGAGGUAUCGGUACGCAUAUCACAGGAGCUGCUGGCUGGUGGCCGGAAAGGCGGAUCCGCCGGCGCCAGCCCGGCUCUACGUCCAUCCGGACUCGCCUUUCACGGGUGAGCAACUCCGAAAGCAGGUCGUCUCCUUCGAGAAAGUCAAGCUCACCAACAACGACAUGGACAGGCACGGGCACCUGGUGCUGAACUCCAUGCACAAGUACCAGCCGAGGAUCCACCUGGUGAAGCGGCCGGACUCGGGCACGGCGAAGCCGAUCGUGGACCUCGAGAAGGAGCCGCACAAGACCUUCGUAUUCCCGGAGGCCAUAUUCACCGCUGUCACCGCCUAUCAGAAUCAGCUCAUCACGAAGCUGAAGAUCGACAGUAAUCCGUUUGCCAAGGGCUUUCGGGACUCCUCCCGUCUCACAGAUUUCGAGAGCUUCCCUUUCAGGGAAACGAUGGAGUCGAUGCUGGCGGAGCAGCAGACACUUAGGUUCCCGCAUCGGCUGCCCUUUGAGAUAGAGCAGCUCCAGGCGGGAGCUACGAGCAACCUCAGCCUCGAGGAGAAAGCUUUGUGGGCCGCGCGUUCUCAGAUGCUGCUGAGAGCGGCGGCGGCCGUGGCCGUCAGUCCUUACGCCCAGCUGGUCAGUCCAGCUCUCGUCUAUCCGGGCGCGUCGACGGCGGGCACCAGCCAUCAGCAGCAGCAGCAGCACCAGCAACAGCAGCAGCAGCAGCUGGGUCAUCUGUGGUGGGCCGCCUCGUCGAUCGGGCCCACUCUUUUCGCGGCGGCGCACCAUCAGCAGCAGCUGGCCGCCUCCAGUUCUCAGCAGAAUCCGACGGGUCCGGCGGCUCCGCGGCCGCUCUAUCCGUCGCCCCUCGCUUUAGCCCACCACCGAUUCUCGCCCUACCACACGGCGACCGCCCCUAAGUCCUCGACGCCGGCCGCGCCGUCGCCGUCGCCGUCCAGAAGGGCCACGCCGUCGCCCACGGACAGUCUCAGCAGGGAGGCGCAGGACCUCUCGCCCUCGUAGUCGCUGGUUUCUCCGUGGCUUCGCUAAUGAAGGACUGGUGGCAAUUUUCUCGCCGAGGGGUCUGAUACUUUUCGUUAAGGCUGCGCGACGAAAAUCGAUUUUCUCCUUUCGGGCGAUUCUGAGAGAUUCCGCGACGAUUUUCAGAUUUCUUUAAGGAUUUUUGUGCGACUGAGAUCGAAAUCGGGGGAAUUCAUUCAUCGACGCAAUCGUCGAGUAGCUAAUACAUCGUGCGGAAUGAUACAAAUGUAUAUCCGGUGAGAAACGCGCAUCGGCUUGCCAAUAUUCGUUUUCGAGGGAAACUGCGCACGGUGAAAAUUGGCUCCCACCGUGUCAUCUGUACAAAUUAAACAUAAUUUCUCUCUUCUUUCUCGAUGUUUAGAACGUCAAUUUCCGACAAAAUGUAUGUCGUCUUUCGUUUAUCAAACGUGCAAUAUUUAUUGAAUAAUUUUUUUACUUUUAGAAUUUCGAAGGAGCCGGUCUCCGUUAGAUAAAUACAGGAUACCUGUAUGAAAAAAGGGGAAUUAAAUUUGCGUAAUGUGACAAAUUGUUGUAAAACGUUUGUGCAACGGAAAUCGAUUUUCAUCACGCGUGCCGCGCGUCGCACGGACGCGUCGCAUGGCAUCAGGAGGACGUCAAGGAUAUCGCCGCGAGCCGGGGUGUAUCGACGAAACUCGCGGAACCCGGCAUGAAUAGCGACGAUAAUUGUGGUGUCAAAGGUUCUCGACGAGUCGGCUUCGAUCUUUCGCUUCACGCGGCAAAGAAAGAGAGAGAGAGAGAAAGAGAGAGAGAGAGAGAGAGAGAGAUAGCGGAGAAGGAAACGUAAGGCUCACGCUCCUCGAGAGUCUGAAUGCUGCCUCUCUCGGCUGAACUCUCGACCUUUGGCGAACAUGGUGGCAGGCGCGGAGGACUCGAGCGGUCCCACGUGACUCGACGAGUUUCGUUGUUUCCCGAUUGGAACCGCGAAGGGCCCCGACCUGUGUAUAUCCUUGCCUCGAUCGGCGAUCAGCAGCGAUAGGGUCGCUAUGACCCUAGUAGUUGGGAUGCACAUAUGGAUGCACAUUUGGAACUGAUAUACGAAGGAAUACCGCCGUUCAAAAGUUCGUUGCAUUCGCGGAAGACGUCGGGAAUGAGAGACGUCAAGGAUAUCGCCGCGAGACUUCAAAGUUUUUUCUCAUUUGAUUUUUUUAUGGAAUAUAUCUUUCGAUGUAUUAAUUUCUCGUGGAAACUCCUCGAGGAAAAUUCGCGAAGAGACGUUUAAUCGGAUGCUCGAAUUCUUAGUGCGAAAAUUUUACGUUACUUGUUUUUUUUUUUGUUACUUCGCGAAAGCUGUUCCUCUUCGCAGCUGAGUUAAUACUGAUUAUAAGUAUUACACAAGAAACGUUACGGGUGAUUCGAUCUCAUUGUUUCGAAGCUGAACGAGCGAUCGCCAAGGAUCACAGCGAUUUUUAGCGAAAUACAUGCGAAGAACGAAUGUUGUAAAUAUGUAACCAUUUGCAUUCUCAAGGCGGCAUAAUUGCCGCGCAUAAUACACGUAUAUGCAUCUCUAAGGCAACUAAAGUUGUACGGCGACUUAAAGUCUACUGUAUAUAGGUAUAUAUAUAUAUAUAUAAAUAUAUAUAUCUACUCGCGACGUAAGGUAACUACGCCUCUAUUUCUUGUAACAUAAGCUGUAUAUUUCGUAUCACGAGCCUACUGUUAUCGUUAUUUAUGUUUCGAUUCCGUAUUUCGUCGCGGAGGGGCGCGAAGUGAGCGACAUGUUUCGAUUGACGGAGGAACGAAGGAUCAGAAUUUCGGUAAAAUCGAAAGUUUAAGCGCCUGAGGACUGCGACUUUCGAGAGGAGUUCAGUUAUGUCUAAAUGGAGGAUGACGGGAAUUCGUAUUGUCAAUGUUCCGAGUGACACUUGGCGCGUUCUCCGCGUGCGCUUAAAGGAUUAUUAUCGCCACGGCGAAUAGUGUUAGUGUAGAGCGUUAUAUUGUUAAUGCUUGUGUUGUGAAGAACGCAUACACCUAUUGCUGUGCAAGCUGAUCCCUUGUAAAUAAACCCUAAUAAACUCUUGUACCGAG